AUGUUUGGGAGGGCACCGAAGAAAAGCGACAACACCAAGUACUAUGAGAUCCUCGGGGUCCCUAAGACGGCGUCGCCGGACGAUCUGAAGAAGGCCUACAAGAAAGCGGCCAUCAAGAAUCAUCCGGACAAGGGCGGCGACCCCGAGAAGUUCAAGGAACUUGCUCAUGCUUAUGAGGUCUUAAGUGAUCCCGACAAGCGAGAAAUUUAUGACCAGUAUGGUGAGGAUGCACUGAAGGAAGGAAUAGGCGGGGGUGGUGGAAUGCAUGACCCCUUUGACAUAUUCUCAUCUUUCUUUGGCGGCAGCCCAUUUGGUGCAGGUGGUGGUAGCAGUAGGGGCAGAAGGCAAAGGAGGGGAGAGGAUGUUGUACACCCGUUAAAGGUGUCUCUUGAGGAUUUAUACCUUGGGACAACUAAGAAGCUCUCACUUUCUCGUAAUGUGCUCUGCGUGAAGUGCAAGGGCAAAGGGUCGAAAUCUGGAGCAUCUAUGAAGUGCUCAGGUUGCCAGGGGACAGGUAUGAAGGUCUCAAUCAGGCAGCUUGGGCCUGGCAUGAUUCAGCAGAUGCAGCAUGCUUGUAACGAGUGUAAAGGAACUGGUGAGACUAUCAAUGAUAAGGACCGAUGCCCUCAAUGCAAGGGUGAGAAGGUUGUUCAGGAGAAGAAAGUAUUGGAAGUCCAUGUUGAGAAGGGAAUGCAGAAUGGGCAAAAGAUUACCUUCCCUGGGGAAGCUGAUGAGGCGCCUGAUACAAUCACUGGGGACAUCGUGUUUGUCCUUCAGCAGAAGGAGCAUCCUAGAUUUAAGAGAAAGGGUGAUGACCUCUUUAUAGAGCAUUCCCUGACCUUAACUGAGGCUUUGUGUGGCUUCCAUUUUGUUUUGUCCCAAUUGGAUGGCAGGCAACUUCUCAUCAAAUCUCAGCCAGGAGAAGUCGUGAAGCCAGAUUCAUUCAAGGCCAUUAACGACGAAGGAAUGCCUAUGUACCAGAGGCCGUUCAUGAAGGGCAAGCUCUACAUACACUUCAACGUUGAAUUCCCGGACUCUCUUAGCCCCGAGCAAGUGGAUGCUUUGGUGAAGAUUCUGCCUGCAAGGCCUCACUCGAAGGUUACAGAGAUGGAGCUGGACGAGUGUGAGGAGACGACUCUGCACGAUGUCAACAACAUUGAGGAGGAGAUGAGGCGGAAGCAGGCCCAGCGGCAGGAGGCCUAUGAUGAGGAUGAUGAUGAAAUGGGAGGUGGUGGGGCCCAGCGGGUCCAGUGUGCCCAGCAGUGA